CGCCGCAGGGGGCGACGCUCUGGACGGGGCGAACCAGAACGGCCGCGGCGGGAUGAGCUUCACCACUGGACAGCACCGGGUGGUGCGGCCGGCCAGCCACAUCGGCCCCGGACAGGUGCACGUCAUCCCCGCCUUCAAGGGCUGCGGCUGCGAACACCUGUGCGCCGCCAUCGACACCAGGGUGACAAUGACCCGCUGCAUCUGCCAGGAGGGCUGGCAGCUAAUGGACGACAAGACCUCGUGUCAAGGUCCGCCGGGCCUGGGCCGCCGUCAGCAGUGGUCCAACACGGCCGUAAUCGUCGUGGUGGCGCUGGCUGUCCUCUUCCUGCUGGUGGUCGGCAGUCUCGCCGGCUUCUACUACAACAUGUACCAGCGGCGGAAGGUGCUGGGCCGACGGCGGGACGCCGGCGGCGGGCUGCAGCUCAACAGACUGCGCGGCUCGGCCGGCGACAUCCUGACCGAGUACAACCCCAACUACGAGUUCGGCGGCGCCCUGCCCUGCACCGUCAAGGACCUGCGCGAGAUCCCCCGCCAGAACCUCACCCUGGUCAAGGAACUGGGCAAGGGUGCGUUCGGCCAGGUGUACCAGGGCUACCUGAAGAACUACGUCAGUGACUCAGUGGAGAUGCCGUGUGCGGUCAAGACGCUUACGGAGCUCUCCUCCGAGCAAGCCGAGAUGGACUUCCUCAUGGAGGCGAUGAUCAUGUCCAAGUUCGUGCACCCCAACAUCGUGCAUUUCAUCGGCGUCAGCUUCGAGAGACAUCCGCGCUUCAUCGUGCUGGAGCUGCUGUCCGGUGGCGACCUCAAGAGCUUUUUGCGUGAGAGCCGCCCGACACCGGAACGGCCGCCCAGCUUGAAAAUACAGGACCUUCUGACCUGUGCCAUAGACGUAGCAAAAGGAUGCGAAUAUCUGGAAAACAAACGGUUUAUCCACCGGGACAUAGCGGCACGAAACUGUUUGCUUACAACGAAAGGACCCGGGAGAGUUGUGAAGAUCGCAGACUUCGGCAUGUCUAGAGACAUCUACCGGGCCGACUACUACCGGAAGGGCGGCCGCACCAUGAUCCCCGUCAAGUGGAUGCCGCCCGAGGCGUUCCUGGACGGCGUUUUCACCACCAAGACAGACGUCUGGUCGUUUGGCGUGCUGCUGUGGGAGGUGAUGACGCUGGGCCAGCUGCCGUACCCGGGCCGCGGCAACACGGAGGUCAUGCAACUGGUGAUGGACGGCGGCCGCCUGGACUCGCCACCUAACUGCCCGCGUCCCGUCUACGGCGUCAUGUGCCAGUGCUGGCAGCGCGUGCCAGAGGAGCGGCCCAGCUUCACCACCGUGCUGGAGCGGCUCGACUACUGCCUGCAGGACCCGGACGUGAUGGCCGCGCCGCUGCCCGUGUUCGACGGCGUUAGCUCCACCGACAAGGACUCGACCGUGAUGCGGCCGUCCGACUCGGAGCCGCUCGUGCCGCUCGAGAGUCAGAAGCGCGCGGCGCGCAGUGCCGGCUCCGACACACCGGCCUCCUCCUCCUCGGCCGAUUACCUGGUGCCGACGGAGCCGAGCAACCAUUCACUCUGCACGGUGCGCACCGAGCUGGCGUCCGAGGCGAGCUGGGAGGACGUGCGCGCGCCGGCCACCGACCGAGGCGUCUCAGAGACGUCCUUCAGCACGCUGGAGCGGCGACGCAGCGGCGCGGCGGCCAGCUCGCCCAGCGGUAUGCCGCUGCUGCAGACGCCCCCGCCGUACAUGAACGUGGGCGCUGAAGGGGGGCUGGCCGCCGCCACCAUGCCACGGACUAGCUCGUACGACAAGGCCUUGGGCAGGACGGAACCCUGCAUCAUCGGCAUCACGACGCCGAAGGCGGACGCCGAGAAAAACCCGAACUACAGUGAGAUCCACUGCUAG